AUGCUAACUGGACGUGGUAGACAAUUAGCUAGUAAGAAAGUUGGCCGAAUUCCUGGAUCUACUUCAACUCCAGCAUCUUCUAAGGAUUUGCAACCAACUUCAUCUGGUGCUGGUUCUUCUGGACAAUUUGAUAAAGUUGAGAAGGUUGCUCCUUUGAAAAUUCGCCUUUCAACGAGAAAGAAGCGAAGAAAUGACGAUUCUGAAGAAGAACUUAACUCUGAUCAAGAAUUUGAAUCUCUUCUAAAAGAACAUGAACGGCAAUUGGAUGAGGAGGAAAGAGCAAAGGAGGAACGAAAAAAGGAACGUGCCGCAGCUAGGAAGGCUAAAGAAUCGAAACAAAAAGUUAAACGGCGAAAGGAGGAAGGCGAAGGAGGGGAAGAUGGAGAUAAUCCACAGGUUUUUUGA